AUGUCUUCGAAACAGAUGGUCUUGUACAAAUUGGUGGUGCUUGGUGAUGGAGGUUACGAUCCUACUAUCGAAGAUUCAUACCGGAAACAAGUCGCGAUAGACGGUCAAUCUUGUAUGUUGGAGGUUCUCGAUACUGCCGGUCAGGAAGAAUAUACUGCGUUACGAGAUCAAUGGAUACGUGAUGGAGAAGGAUUCGUUUUGGUUUACAGCAUAUCAUCGAGAUCAUCCUUUACGCGCAUUCAAAGAUUUCACAAUCAAAUUCAACGAGUUAAAGAAUCAUCUUCAUCCUCUCCAGUAUAUCCCGGCUCACCUAUAUCACCUAUCUCGCCCUCCGAACCUGUACCGAUUAUGCUCGUGGGAAAUAAAUGCGACAGAGUUACCGAACGAGACGUAUCCACACAAGAAGGUCAUGCACUGGCGCGGAAAUUGGGUUGCGAAUUCGUUGAAGCAUCGGCAAAGAAUUGCGGUAAAUGGUGGAAAAGGCAUUUUAUGAUGUAG